AUGGCCUGCGAAGGAGAGGGCACAGCAAUGGGGAUCGACCUGGGUACGACUCACUCAUGGGCGGGAGUGUGGCAACAUGACCGAGUAGAGAUAAUAGUGAAUGAUCAGGGUAUCAGGACGACGCCGUCCUGUGUCACCUUCACUGACAAAGAACGACUAGUUGGUGAUGCCGCAAGAACUGCAUAUCGAUACGGUCCUAAAUUUUAUCCAAAACCGGACCCAAUCAGACCUGUUACUUCAACUAUUACCCGUGCCAAGUUUGCGGAACUCAAUUUGGAUUUAUUCAUGAAUUCUAUUGACCCGUUGAGAAAUGUUUUGAGUGAUGCUAAGAUGGACAAGAGAAGUGUUCAUGAAAUAGUUCUUACGGGUGGUUCUUCAAGAAUUCCCAAAGUGCAGGAGCUGUUGCAUGAUAACUUCUUCGAUGGAAAGGAGCUUAAUAAAAGCAUCAACCCGGAUGAAGCUGUGGCUUAUGGAGCUGCAGUUCAAGCUGCAAAGUUGUCUGGUAUGGGUAGUGAGAAUGUUCGAGACAUUGUGCUUUUAGAUGUUACCCCUUUGUCACUUGGUGUGAUGGUCAGAGGAAGCGACAUGUCUGUUGUGAUUCCGAGGAAUACCGCUAUUCGAACCAGUAUGGAAGACACCUACACCACCAACUCUGACAAUCAAACAUCUGCAUUGUUCUCAGUUUACGAGGGUGAAAGAGCGAGAGUAGAGGAUAACUAUUGGUUGGGAGAGUUUGAGCUUUUCAACAUUCCUGCAGCACCAAGGGGUGUUUGUAACCUCAGAGUAUGCUUUGACAUCGACGAGAAUGGUAUCUUGAAUGUUUCUGCUAAGGAGGAGACUACUGGGGUGAGUUGUAAGAUAACUAUUACCAAUGACCAAGCGAGACUGUCCAGCGAAGAGAUCAAUAGGAUGGUGAAGGACGCAGUGAUAUACAUGGUUGAAGAUGAUGAGCACAGACAGAGAGCUAAGGCUAAGGCAGCUUUAGAAAACUAUGCCUACAAAAUGAGGCAUACUGUCAAUGAUAAAGAAAUUAGUACCAAGCUUGCCCCUGCAGGUAAGAAGAAGAUUGAAGUAGCAAUUGACCAGGUGAUUCAGUGGUUAGACGCAAUCGAGCUCGCAGAUGCAUGUGACUUUGACGCAAAGCUUAAAGGGCUUGAAUUAAUAUGCAAAGAAGAAAAGGUAACCAUUAAGCAGGGAAGUUCCCCCGAAGAUCGAGCUCUGGACAAGACAACAAUAGGAAGAUUGACUCCGUAG